UAAUACUGCUAGAAACCAAGCCAAACCAAGAGACCUGCUGCUCACGGUCUAGCUUUCCGCAAAAAGCGAGUGCAAGAUAGAUCGAAACCAAAACCAAAACCAAAACCGAACCACAAAUCCCGUUGAAAACACCACGGUGGCGGGUGCAAUCCUUUCCUAGUUCCAUUGUUCACAGGCAUUCCCAUUGCAACAAACAUUGCACAGCAGACCAACAACAAACACACGGCAUGAGCGGAUUCGACGAGCUGAGCCAGGAGGGCAACGGGGUCGACGUCGACGUCGACACGAUCGCGACAAAGGCCCUCAUGACGCCGGACGGAAAGUGCGCCCAGCACCCGUGGGUGGAACUCCGGAAGAAGGACCCGUCGACGGGACAGACCUACCAGCUCGACACAUGCCCGGAAUGCAACGAGCAGUACGAGGCGAACCGGGAGGCCCUGAGACGACGCAGACUGGAGCUGGAGAAGCAGCUGCAGGCCCUCGAGAACGAGAGCAUCGACCUCGACGCAACGUCUCGAUCGGGGGGAUCCGGGGAGCGAGAGACGGGGGGAACGGGAGCUGCCUCCUCGGAGUCCUCCCAGGCCUACCGACCCCCCCUUCCCCAACAGCAGCAGCAGCAGCAGCAACAACAACAGCAGCAGCAGCAGCAGCUACAGCAACCACAAGAGGACGACGACUCCUCGGCUUUCUCCAAUCCGCAGCGACAGCCCUUUGCCCGGCCUCCGGUGGCGUCUCCCGGAGGCAGCGUCUACGGCCAGCAGCGGUAUAGCGCCCCGUCUCGCACCCACUCGUCSGGAUCGAAAUCGGCMGCCUCGKCGUCCACCAACAACGGCCUGCCGAACGGGAUUUCCCUCAAGAGCUCCGCCAAUCCAAGCCCGUCCGGAGCGGCGGCUAUGAAUCCCCCGUCCUCGCCCUUUUCGAACGCCAGCUACGACCCGCAGUUCCUGGCCGCUGCUGCAGCCGCCUUUCACCAGCAGCAGCUGCAGAUGCAGCAGGCGGCCGUUUCGUCCGUCAAAUCGGCGCCGACGCUCCAGCAGACCCAGCAAGAAGAACACAACAAUGCCAUGCUGUGGAAACUCAUCCAGGACAAGGACAACGAGCUCCGACAGGUUCGCGAAUCGCUCCAAGAAACCCAGCGGCGAUACCAGGAACAAGUGGUCCUGGCGACGAAGCUACAAACGACGCUGGACCAGGUAAGGGAGACCUUUGAAAAAGAACGAUUGCUGAUCAAGCUGCAAGCCGAGAAGGAAGCCACGGAAUCCAUGGCUUCCCGRCAGGAGGAGAUAUUCCGAAAACAGCUCGAGUGGAUGGACACCAACAUUGCCAAAACCAAGAACAGCGCCAAAGCCAGCGACGAAGCCGGCAGCGAAUUGGUUGCCGAGACGGAAACCAACCGCGAUGGAAUCGACCCGGCCAAAGGAGAAGCCACUGCGGCAGCAGCUUCCAAGGCAAAAUCCGAGAAGGACCAUCCGUGGAACGCGGUCGCAAAGGGAUCGUCGGGCAGAACCGAAAACGAAUCGGGAAUGGCGGGUUCCGGCAACGCCAACAACAACAACAGCAACAGCAACAACAGCAACAACAACGGAAUGGCGGGUUCCGGCAACGCCAACAACAACAACAGCAACAGCAACAACAGCAACAACAACUCGUUCAAGGCCGGAUUGAAUGCCAACAGCAARAAGAAACUCUAUCCUUCUAUUGACGAAAAGUUAAUGGGGAACGCUGCCGCGAACGCAAACAAUGCUUCCGCCAACCAGCACCAGCAGCAACUCAAGAGCCAGCCCAAGCAGGAGCAUGGUCUGAGCACGGCCGAGACGCCGAUGGCAAACAACACCAGUGCUGCCAAGAAUGCAAAGAACAACGAGUCCUCGGAUCGAUUUGAUCCCGUCUAUGUCUCGAAAGGAUCGGACAUGGAGAAAGAUACCUUCGCUCCCGGCUCCGUCGACGACCAAUCCAUAGGACAGACGGUGGCCAGCUCMACCUACGGAGACGACCGAAUCAAGGUCGUCAACAAGAAGUUGYUGGAUCCYUACGGCGACAAGGGCACCUACACCGGCGUCGUGCUGCGAAACACGGGAAUGCCACACGGACUGGGACGCAUGAUAUACGAGGAGGAUCGCAGGGUUUUCGAAGGCGACUGGCGCCACGGCCGCUGGCACGGAUACGGGCGUGCCUCGUUUUCCAACGGGGAUUCCUACGAAGGAGAGUACAAGUUCGAUCAGCGCCACGGCACCGGCGUGUAUCGGUGGAACGAUGGCCGGAUCUACGACGGACAGUUUUCGGAGGACAAGCGCCACGGAAAAGGCGUCUUUACCUGGCCCGAUGGGGCCAUCUACGACGGAGACUUUGUCAACGGGCAGCGGCAGGGACACGGAAAAUACACCUUUGCCGACGGAGGCCAGUACGAGGGGUCCUGGAAGGACGGCCGCUACGACGGCUUUGGGACGUGCACCUGGGAGGACGGCAGGCGCUAUCGGGGGGAAUGGCGAAACGGCAUGGCCCACGGGCGGGGCACCGAGACCUAUCCGAACGGGAACGUUCGCCACGAGGGAGAAUGGAUCGACGACGAACCCAUUCGCUGAGGGCGGCCCCUUUGGCACGGGUGUGACGCGGCGUUUCGCGGCGCGCGGAAACGAACUAGUACGGUACGGUACCGUACCGUACCGUAAUAAUACUAAAUGGUUUUG